ACAAAUCCCCUCUCCACUCCUCGUCUUCGGCCAACCAUUCCCCGCCCGACACCCCAGCUCGCUCUCCCCACUCCCGCCGCGGAUCCCUCCCAGCCGCCCGCUCCUCGCCACCGAGCUCGCUCAGCCUCAGCCUCAGCCCGCCACCGCCAUGCCGUCCUAGCGCGCCGCCCGAUUUAGCACCCCCGGCCCACUUCUUUUAUGGAGCCCCCGCGCAGCCGGCGCACUCGCAAUGCCGCCGUCCCCACCGCCUGCUUCCUCCUCCUCCUCCUAACCCUCCCCCUCUCCGCUCGCCACCACGACUCCACCGCCGUGCCCACCCUCCGUCACGCCGUGCACCGGGCGGCCCUCUCCUCCCCGUUCUACGCCGCCAGGCCGCGGGGGGACUGCCAGGAGCUGCAGUCCCUCGACGGCGCGGAGGCCCGGUGCGCCUACCUCCUGUCGCACACGCCCUGCGCGCCGGCGGGCUACGUCGACUACCUCCGCCUCUUCUACUGCGGCUUCGCCGGCGCGGGGCACCCGGCGGCGGGCUACGCGGCGUCCCUGCUCUGGCUCGUCGUCCUCUUCUACCUGCUCGGCGACACCGCGUCCGAGUACUUCUGCGCGUCGCUCGAGGGCCUCUCCGCCGCGCUGCGCCUGCCCCCCGCCGUCGCCGGCGUCACGCUGCUCUCCCUCGGCAACGGCGCGCCCGACGUCUUCGCCAGCGUCGUCUCCUUCGCGGCCGGCGACGGCGGGGACGGCGGCGGGGUGGGGCUCAACAGCGCGCUCGGCGGCGCCCUCUUCGUGUCCACCGUCGUCGCCGGCGUCGUCGCGCUCGCCGCCGCCGGACGCGGGGGAGGAGGGGCCGUCGUGGAGCUGCGCGGGUUCGUGCGCGACCUCUGCUUCCUCUUCUUCGCGCUGUGCUGCCUCGUGGGCGUGCUCGUGAGCGGCACGAUCAGCGUCUGGGUGGCCGCGUCGUUCGUCUCCAUCUACGUCGCCUACGUCGUCCUCGUCUGGACCUCCCAGUGCUGCGCCGACCCCGGCAAGCCGCCGCACCCCGACCUCGCGGCGCCGCUCCUCCUCGACGACGACGACGUCCCUCCCCUGCCGUCCUACUCCUCCAAGACCGCGCCGGGCUCCACGACGACCGCGGCCUGGCUGCAUUACCUCGUGUGCGCGCUCCGCAUGCCGCUCUACCUCCCGCGGCGCCUGACCAUCCCGGACAUCGCCGCGCACCGCUGGUCCCGGCCCUGCGCCGUGGCCUCUGCCGCGCUGGCGCCGGUCCUCCUCGCCACGACCUGGACCUCGCACAGCCCGGCGGCAACAUCCUCGCGCCACCACCGCACCAUCGACGGCCACGCGAUCCUCCUCGUGGGCGCCGUCCUCGGCCUCCUGUUGGCCGGCCUCGCGGCGGCCACCACGGACGCCAACUCCCCCCCGCGCGGCCGACGGCGCCGCGUGCCGUGGCUGGCCGCGGGGUUCCUGAUGAGCGUGCUCUGGGCGUACACCCUGGCGCGGGAGCUGGUGGCGCUGCUGGUGGCGAUCGGGUACAUGGUGGGCGUGAAGGCGAGCGUACUGGGCGUGACGGUGCUGGCGUGGGGGGACUCGCUGGGCGACCUGGUGUCGAACGUGGCGAUGGCGACGCACGGCGGCCCGGGCGGCGCGCAGACGGCGGUCUCGGCCUGCUACGCGGGGCCGCUGUUCAACACGGUGGUGGGGCUGGGGCUGUCGCUCACGCUGGCGGCGGGCGCGCAGUACCCGGCGCCGUUCACGCUGCCGGCGGACGCCGCGGUGUACGAGACGGUGGGGUUCCUGUGCGCGGGGCUGGCGUGGGCGGCGGUGGUGGUGCCGGCGAGGGGCAUGCGGCUGGACCGGGUGUACGGGGCCGGGCUGAUCACCAUCUACCUCGCCUUCUUCGGCGUCCGCGUCCUCGACAGCCUCGGCCUCUGGUUCGGGUAGCGAGCCAUCGCGCCACAGCAGCAGAGACAUGCUGCUCUGCUCUGCUCCCGUCAAUGGCGGCACUGUGCGGCGAUGUACGUAGGAUGGAGGGUGACACAUGCAUGGAUCAUCAGAUGCUUGUACAGUGGUAGCAUUAGCGCUAGCGAUCAGCCUGUAGGUGUUGGUGAUUACCGAGGGAUUAGCUAGUGGAUGUAAUUGUUGAUCGUUUUGGUUGGGCUAGCAUCAAGAAAGAUGAUUUUCCAUCCACGGUACGUACCGAGAAACGAAUACAUGUACGUAUCGAUCUGGAGUAAUUGCUCGGCCGGGUUAGCUCGACGUUGCGAUCGAGUGAGCUCGCUCUCGGACCA